AUGAACAGUUGGAUUGAAGAUGAAAGUGAUGAUGAAGAGUCUUAUGACCAAGGAAGUGCUUCGGAAACGCAAGACGCUGAAAGUCAAACAUCAGAAGAAGAUGAUGAAAUUGAUUUAGAAAAUCUUAAAUUAGACGACGAUUCUACUCCAAAAAGUUUAUAUAGUUCCAAAUCCGGAAUCACCUGGUCUUCAAUUCCGUAUCCUUCAAAGAAAGCAAAGUCUUCAAAUGAUACAAGUGAAAAGGCUGGACCUACCAAACUCACGGAAGAUGUAUCAUCUAUUCAAGAUGCAUUUAUUUGUUUUAUAUCGGAAAAAAUUAUACAAAAAAUUUUGAUUUAUUCUAAUAUGGAAAGUACUCGAAAUAUCGCUUCCAAUGAAAAAUCAGAAGAUAUAACAAUGAUGGAACUAAAAGCUUUUAUUGGACUUUUAUUACUUGCUGGUUUAUUAGAAAAAUCGAAAAAAAACAUUAAAUCAUUAUGGAAAAGAAGUCCGUUGGAGUCUCCAAUAUUCAAAGCUACUAUGGGAAGAAGUCGUUUUGAAAAAAUUAUCUCCUGUUUAAGAUUCGAUGAUAAAACAACAAGAGAAGAAAGGAAAAAAACCGAUAAAUUUGCAGCAAUCCGUGAAAUCUGGUCAGAUUUCGAAGACAAUAUAAAAACAUGUUAUGUACCAGGACCUUAUGUUACGAUUGAUGAACAGCUAUUACCUUUUAGAGGAAAAUGUCCGUUUCGUCAAUUUAUCCCGAAAAAACCUGAUAAAUAUGGAUUGAAGUUUUGGUUAUGUGUUGAUGUACAAACAUAUUAUGUAUUCAAUGCAUUUCCUUACCUUGGACGACAACCAGAUCAAGAAAGACAAACAAAAAUAGGUGCCAGUGUUGUUUUAGAAUUGCUGAAACCACUAUAUGGUUCAAAUAGAAAUGUUACAAUUGAUAACUUUUUUACAAGUGUUCAAUUAGCCAAAGAACUUCAAAUGAGGAACCUGACUCUUAUAGGAACAUUACGAAAAAAUAAACCAGAAAUACCUAUGGAAUUCCAGUCAAAUAAAAAUCGUGAGAUUGGUUCUUCACUAUUUGGUUUUCAAGAUGAUCUAACUUUAGUUUCAUUUGUACCCAAACAAAAUAAAGCUGUAUUAGUACUUUCCUCAAAACAUCAUGAUAAUCAAGUGGAUAUAAAAACUGGAAAGCCAAUUAUUAUUUUGGACUAUAAUAAAACAAAAGGAGCUGUCGAUACUGUCGAUUAA